AUGCGAGUGCAGGUUAAGAGAGCAUGUCCAGUGUCCAGAGGACGGCUAGUUGGCCAAUGUGCUUCAGUUGGAGAAGCCAUGGUGCUGCAGCUUACGCGCGACCUCUCAAACGUGGGCAUAUCAGUCCACAAGGAUGAAACAUUUCGCAAAUGUCUUACCCAUGAUGUUCUUGGAGCUGCAAGGAAGUACCUUCUGGACCAUGGCCUUGGAGUUGGCGAGGUACAUGAGGUCUCCAUCGACACAUACAGCCCACCAGCUGCAAUGGGAGAAGUGUACAUGGCGGUCAGGGCAGCAGUGUCGUGCUUUCUGAGUGAGCUGGACACCCCCAAGGAGUACUACAGCCCGAGUAUUGUUGGCAGGGAUCCCAGUGCAAGGGGGUCCGGUGGUCAGGCCGAGUGGCUGUGUGAGCUUCCAUUGGGCAGUUCCGACUUCAUUGCUGUUGUGCCCCUGAUGGACAUGUCCUUCAUUGUCGCACCUUGUAGUGUAGCAGUAGUGGGGAGCUGGUUGGAGUACCGAUCCCGGGGAAUGCCUGAGCUUGAUAUAAGCAGUAUGCUAUACCCAGGGUUGAUGGCCAAAAAUGCAGUACGUCUUGUAGCUGGUAACAUCCUCUUCCUGGCUGGGAACACAUUCCACAAGGGUGCACUCCCCCACGAUAGUGGGACGCAAGUGUACCUCAAGUUCUACAUUGGUACGCCACAACGCCUCAAGAAUUGUCCCAAGCCUCGGGACUUGAGUGAAUCCUUCCAACUGAAGUUCUAUGAUUAG